UACACAGAAACAUUUGUUUAAUACCUCAAGCACAGACUAAACAAAGGAUUGGCAGCAUCUUCUCUUAUUUCCUUGUUCCUGUGAUUACGGCGACCUCAAUUUUCAGCUCACCGAUUCCCGAUAUGAUACUGAGCCGGCCCGCUGGCGGAGCUUAAGAGGCAGAUACCGAAGGGCUUCGAGCUGCUGCACGGAGAGAUGUGAGACGCUCUGUGACUGUGACUUUGCAUGUUUUUGUUUUGUGUGUGAAACGUCCUGAUCCUGGUCAUGGCGCACUUUAGUGGAGCACUGAAACUUGCUGAUCUUGAUGAUUUUAUCACUCCUUCGCAGGAAUGUAUAAAACCAGUCAAGGUGGAAAAAGUGGCAGGUAAACCAGGAGCUAUACGGAUUGAAGACGAUGGCAGCUAUGUCCAACUAGAUGACUAUGGAGGGUCUAGGAAAUUGGAGAAGGCUCAGAUAACAUUGAAUGACUGUCUGGCAUGUAGUGGUUGCAUCACAUCAGCCGAGAGUGUUCUUAUUACACAACAGAGUCAAGAGGAACUCUUCCGAGUCCUGGAGGAGAAUAGAAAGCUUGCUGUUAAUGGAGAGGUGAGCAAGCAGAUGACUGUAAUCGUAACCAUCUCACCCCAAUCUAGAGCAUCACUAGCAGCCAAAUAUAAACUAUCACUCCCUGAAACAGCUAGAAAAUUGACAACUUUCUUCAGAGAACUGGGUGUGCACCAUGUCUUUGAUGAAACCUUUGCCAGGGACUUCAGUCUUCUUGAGUGCCAGAGGGAAUUUAUUCAGAGGUUCAACAAUCAAGCUACAAAAGGAUCGCUACCAAUGUUAGCGUCAGCUUGCCCAGGCUGGGUGUGUUAUGCAGAGAAAACCCACGGCUCCUACAUCCUACCAUACAUCAGCACCACCAAAUCACCCCAACAGAUCAUUGGUUCUCUGGUCAAAGACUACGUCGCGCAGUCCCUUCACGUCAAACCGGAUCGUAUCUACCACGUCACCGUGAUGCCGUGCUAUGAUAAGAAGCUGGAAGCAUCAAGAGAUGACUUCUACAGUGACGUCUACAGGACAAGAGAUGUUGAUUGUGUGAUAACAUCAGGUGAAGUUGAUGCCAUGCUUGCCAAAGAACAAGUGAUAUUAUCAGAAAUAGAAUCUCAGGAAUAUAAUGAAAUGUUUCCAUUCACUGAGAGUGGGUCUAUUUCAAGUCAUUCCGGAGGUGGAUCUGGUGGUUACCAUGAGCACAUUAUACGUCAUGCAGCCAAAGAACUGUUUGGAAAGGACCUGGGUGAACUGCAAUACAAAACUAUGAAAAACAAAGAUUUUAAGGAGGUGAUCGUUGAAUCCGACGGACAGAUUUUACUGAGGUUUGCUCUUGCCUAUGGCUUCAGGAAUAUACAGAACCUUGUACAGAAGAUCAAGAGAGGGAAAUCCCCUUAUCACUUUGUAGAGGUCAUGGCCUGUCCUUCAGGUUGUUUGAAUGGAGGAGGGCAGAUCAAGGCGGAAGAAGGCAUCCCAGUGAAGGAAUUCCUCUCCGAGGUGAACGAUCUGUACAACACUGCUCCUACGAGGAGACCGGAGGAGAACGAGAUGGUACAGACCCUCUAUGAGGACUGGCUUGGAGGGGUGGGCAGUGACAAGGCAAGGACUAUGUUACAUACGCAGUACCAUGAGGUCGAGAAAAACACGAAUGCCCUCAACAUCAAGUGGUGAAACGUGAACGUUGAUGGAUAAUUCAUGGAAACUCAAGGACAUUUAGAUAUAUCAAUGGACUGAAUAGGAGGAAAGAAAAGUUUUUUAGAAAUUCUCAGGAUCACUCAGGUAGUGCCUGUUGCAUCGUGUGUUUUUAAUCCGCUGUAUUGGAAAGUGAUACAUAUACACUGUGUGUAUGAGCUUUAAAAGCAAAACUGUAGAAAUCGGGAGUGUUUCAUCAUCAUUGUCAUAUGACAUGUUGUCAGAUCUGAAAAUUUUUCUCUGGUUUGGAUUGGCUGAGAAGCACUGUUACUAUGGUAAAUGUCAGAUGAAAUAGACUUUGAUAAAAUAUCUGAAAAGUCCUUUCAUGAAACUUUCCUCAGGGGUUGGUUUAAAAGUUGAAGAUGUAUCUUAUAUUAUACUUUCAAAUGUAUAGAAGGAACAAUUCAAUAAUUUAUAGGGGAGUAAAGAUAUAGGUACAUGUAUUGUAUUAUAUUUUUUCCAAACCCCAUAAUGAU